AUGCCAUACAGCAUUGGGAAAGCACAGAUGAAGGUAGUGGUUAUAGAUGUCCAAGAAAGUUCGAUGAAGGCCGUUUUUGAUAAUAUUCCGAACACCGCGGCAGCCAGUAAAGCAGCAGGUACUGCGUAGCGCCAGACAAAAUGAAGGAAGACACUGAUAUUCUGCUCGUACACUAUUGCUGGGGUUGAUGCUGAACCCAUUGUUCUGAUAUUCACUAGUAAACGAUAAGUGGUAUAAUUCCAAAACACCGAUAUGCACUCCCAUAAGACCAUUGCACAGAUCGCUAUAUGCACCACGCUAUAUGACUGCUCGAUCCAUUCUGUAUAG